GCUUCUUCAGCUCGCGCUAGAACUUCCGCUGUUUUAGCGAUCCUCCUCGAUCAUGGCCAGCUGGGCGAAUCGUCCUCCCAUCGAUAAUAACGCCGGUCCUCCGACGACACGCAAGAAAUGGAAAAUUGAAGACAAAAAAUCACUACACAAUCUAAAGUACCACUUCGCGGAGGAUGGCUGUUCGGAUGUGCAGUACACGCUGGCGAAGCAGCUGCUCGAGGAAAACUCGGAAACGGAUCCGGCUCACAACCAUGCACAGGGCAUCCACUGGUUGGUACGCGCGGCCCAGCAAGGCCACGAGCCAUCGGUUGAGCUGCUGCGGGAAUGCUACGAAUGUGGACGCGGUAUUAACGAGGCGAAUGAGGACGAUGUCCGCACCAUACUGGAGAUGAGCCCGGGGGAACGGGCGGCUCGCCGUGCGGCCCAGGAAUUGUUUGCGAGUCUGUCGAACGGUGAAAAGUACGUUACGGCCGCUCAGCUGGCAAAGCGAAUGCGAGAGAUCUACCAGCUCGAUCGGCGUCGCAGACGCACCCAACCGGAUGGUGCGGAAUCCGAUGGGAGCGUAGAGCACAGCUCUCGCGGUAGUCCCGAGCGGGAAGAAGGUUACUUUGCCGGUAACGCCGGUGGCGAUGGUGUUGGAGUCAGUGGACAUCGAAUGCACCGUGGCCACGCACACGUGAAUCACAUCUCCGAAGAUCACCUGGUCGAUGCGGCCGUGAACUACUCGAAUGGUCAUCUGCCCACAGUGAGCAACGCGCUGAUGCUUUCGGUGCCGGAUCCGCACAGUCUGAACCACGUUCCAUGCUUUCAUCGACCGUUCUUUCAUCCGGCCAUGUUCUUCCAACUGCUGUACCAUCGGUUCCUAUCAAUCAUGGCAUCGUUUCCCGGAUCGGCCGGCACGUGGUUACAGAUGGGCGUGCUGCUGCUCGCCUACUGGUAUUGGGCGAGUGACGACUUCCUGUCGCUCGUUCCCGUUGCCGGUUACUACCUGAGCCUCGCCGUCAUGGUGCUGUGCAGCUUCCGGAUGUUGAAAUCGAAACACGAGUUUAUCGAUUUCCGAAUGUGGUCCGGACUAUUUCUACGAUACGGUGAUGAGCAUCUGAACACGAACGACUCGGAGAAUCAGUUCCUGCGCAACAAUCUCAAGCCGUAUCUGUACUUUUUCCUGGCAUUCUUCGCCAACGUAACGCUACAGCCCAUUAUCAACGAUCAGUGGUUGCCAUUCUCCGAGAUUACCGUACUAGCAUUUGCCCUUACCUUUAUCACGAUGUUCGCCUUCAGCUACACCUCGCACGAUCCCUUCCCGGACUAUCUCAUUCUGUUCUCGUUCGGGCUGAACGUGCUUGCCAAGUACCCGUACGAGCUGGACGAUGUCGUGACGACGGGUUGGCGCUUUCUGGAUCUCAAAGUGCCCGGCUUUUCGACCUUCGUCAUUGGAAAUGGGAUCGAGUUUUGUUUGAAUUGCCGCGCCAUGCUCUACCUGCUGAUACCGGGAUUCUUCCUGUACAUUGCCAAGCGUAACGGGUGGCGGGGCACGUAUCAGUACCUAGUGCCACAUUGCGUUACCCUCUCCUGGUUGCAGCUGUGCCUAAUAAGCUCACAGUCGGCCACGAUGUUCGGACUGCUACGAGGAGCACUCGGUCUGUCGGGUUUGCUGCUCUUUCUGCCACUAUUCGGAAUCGUGACGCUGCUCAUCCCAGUGUUUGCCGUCAUCGAUUGGCUCUCGCUGACCGACUCCACCGUACGGCUGUGGACCUCCGUUACGGCCGCUAUUACAGCUGUUGCAAUUUCUGGAUAUAUGGCAAGCUCACGGCGCACGGAAAAGUAUGUAACCGUGCUACAGAUUACGGUCUGCGUCGUCGGAACCAUAUUCCUUACGCUGCCUCACAUGAUGUCCAACUUUGAGACGAUCGGCAGUGGCGUUGAUGGGAACAAUUUGUACGAAACAACGGCCAGUGGUGCUGGUGGAGUGGAUGGUGAUGGUAAUGGGCCCACAAUCACCAACUCUAAACCGCACCCGGCGAGCCUGAGCUGGGAUCUCUAUUACAAGUUUUGCCAUCAGCCAGCCUGGGACAGUGAGAACAAAAUACGAACGCAACUCCGUUGUAGUAAUCUCGACGGAACGGUAGUACGCUGGGAGGGCACCGUCGUGGAUAUGGCUAUCGUCAGUCGCAAAAACAUGCGCUCCGAGCUGAUCGAAGGAUAUUUGCCAAAGUUUUUGGCCGAUCGCAUCAACUGCUUUUACGGUGAACCCAUCGAACCGGACUGUGGCAAUCUGAACGGAUCGUCCGAUGGUGACUGUGAGACCUUGCGCCAUUUCAUGGAACGUCAGCGCACAUGCCAUCUGAAUAAGUGGAACACGUACGAGUACGAGCUAAAGGUACGGAUGGCGACCACCGGGCUGCUUUCGAAGCCGGCUGAAAUCGUCCUGCGUGCCCAACACGCCUUCGGGAACUUUACUCAAAGCAUAAACCAUUCCGAUCGCGUCUGGUUCAUCGGAGUACUGCGAGGGUCGACACAAUCACCAGCCACCAUUGCCGCGUCAAGCAUGGCAUCCGGUGCCGGAACCGAGCAGCAGUGGGGUACGGGUGGGCAAAGCUUCGGUGUGCACGGUAUGCGCUUGGGACGCAAAAAUCCACUAAUCGAGCUGCAAUCGGUUGGCUGUAUUCAGUGUCGCAAUCCUACCCUGACGGCCGUCCAUACUGGUGAGCGGAUGAAGAUUAAUGGGCGCAUGCGGGAUCUGCUCCGGGGAUUAAAGUAUCUGCUCAACGUGCUCUUCAAUCCGGUCGUAAUCUUCAAGUAGUAAAGUGUGUUAUACUUUUGUUCAAUGACGCCUGCUACUUGCACUCGCACUUUAUUAUAUUGAUAACUCCGUAAUCGAUGCUGGUCAAUACAAACCGUUUCUGUUCGUUCGCUAGUCUGUUUCGUGUGGCCGGAUGCACGUGUGUAUUUGUAGCUAUCCACCGUUGCGUCUCGUCGGUAUUAUUUGAUUAACGAGUUUUCCUGCGUCCGUGCGUACUCUACACGUGGUUAGCCAUCUGCUGGACCACCAACUGGUUAAAUGAGGAUGGUUAUGUGCGAUGUUCUCGAAGCGUUUUUUUUUAGAUUUAAAUUUGAUUUUUGCACAUUUUGUGUUGUGUUAACAUUACCUAGUAAGUUAUGAACAAUGAUAAUAAAGUAUAUAUAAAGUGUUAAAGUA